AUGGAAGAGAAGCGCCGUGACGCCGCCGGAGUUCAGCCGCCGUCAAAUGCCGAAUCUCCGGCCGCCGAGCCAUCUUCUGCUCGGCGCCGCGGCGGAGCCCAGAAGAGAAAGGCCAGCAGCCUCGGCGGCUCCACUUCUUCAUCCACGCCGUCCAAACGCUUCACUCGCGAGAAGGCUAUGCUCUCUCACCCUCCGAUCCACAAUGGCCCGUUGACCCGGGCCCGCCAGGGCCCAAGCAGCCUCGGUUCGGCUUCUGCGUCUGGGGCUGCAGCGAAGCCGACGGUAGCCAAGCGGCCCGACCCGGUUGGAGAGGCGGUGGCAGAGCUGGUGAAGAGGGAGAGCGAGUUGGAGGCUCUGGAGGCUUCUAUGGAGGCUGAGUUUGAAGCCAUUAGAUCUCGCAAUGCGAAUGCUCAUGUUGUUCCAAGUCAUUGUGGUUGGUUUUCAUGGACAAAGGUUCACCCCAUUGAGGAGCAAAUGUUGCCAUCUUUCUUUAAUGGGAAGUCUGAGACGAGAACUCCUGAUGCAUACUUGGAGAUACGUAAUUGUAUUAUGAAGAUAUUCCAUGCGAAUCCAGGAGUAUUUAUUGAAUUGAAGGAUUUGUUGGAGCUUGAAGUUGGCGACUUUGAUGCUAGACAAGAAGUAAUGGAAUUUUUGGACCAUUGGGGUUUAAUUAAUUUUGACCCGUCCCCACCAACAGGUUCUACUGUGGCCAGUGCCGAGGGUGAUGUGUUGGCAGAAAAGGACUCUUUGGUUGAUAAGUUGUAUCCUGCUGUGGCCAGUGCUGAGGGUGAUGAGUUGGCAGAAAAGGAUUCUUUGGUUGAUAAGUUGUAUCACUUUGAAGCAUUACAAUCACGCUCAUCAGUUGUUCCAAAGACUAAUAUAACAACCCCAACUGUGCCAUCUGGGUUGUUUCCUGAGUCUGCAAUUGCUGAAGAGUUGGUGAGGCCUGAGGGGCCAGCUGUUGAGUACCAUUGUAACUCUUGUUCAGCUGAUUGCUCACGCAAGCGCUACCAUUGCCAGAAGCAGGCAGAUUUUGAUCUAUGUACUGAUUGUUUUAGUAAUGGGAAAUUCGACUCUGGUAUGUCUUCAUCAGAUUUCAUUCUUAUGGAGCCUGCUGAAGCUCCUGGGGUAAGUGGUGGGAAGUGGACGGAUCAGGAGACUCUUCUUCUCCUUGAAGCACUAGAACUUUAUAAAGAAAACUGGAAUGAGAUUGCUGAACAUGUUGCAACAAAAACAAAAGCUCAAUGUAUAUUGCACUUUGUUCAAAUGCCAAUUGAGGACACCUUUCUUGAUUAUGAGGAUGAUAUUGAUGCUAGUGCAAAAGAAACUGCAGAUCCUACUUCAACUGACAAUGAAUCAUUGGCCCCCAAGGAUGCCCCUGAAACAACAGAGAAUAAGACUGGUGCUAGUGAGAGUGACCCCCAAACUUCCCCAGUGGAUACUUCAAAAGAGGUGACUGAAGUAAAUGUUGGACAAGAUACUUCAAAGCCAGAGGAUGUAAAUGAAGUCAAAGUGGGUGAGGAAACUUCAAAAUUGGAAGAUACUGGGGAAUUGAAAGUUGAUCAGGAGACAGAUGAGAGCUUUGCACUGAAUGCUCUUAAAGAAGCGUUUGAAGUUGUUGGUUAUCCUCCAACAUCUGAAGGUCAACUUUCAUUUGCAGAAGUGGGAAACCCUGCCAUGGCAUUGGCAGCAUUCCUUGCACGUUUGGUGGGACCUGAUGUUGCUAUUGCUUCAGCGCAUAAUUCUUUGAAAUCCAUAUCUGCCAGUUCUCCUGGCACUGAGCUGGCUGCAAGGCAUUGCUUUCUAUUGGAAGAUCCACCAAGUGACAAUAAGGAACAAGCUGGUCCUGAUAGUGUUGCUGCUGAAGUGCUGAAAGACAAAGUCCAGGAAGACAUAGUUGAUGAAGACAAAAGCCAGAAAGAGGAUAACGCCAACUCAGGUUUGGAAGAUAAAGAUUUAUCAAAUGAUAAAGGUGACAAGAAACUUGAAAAACCUUCUCCCGAAGAAAAGUCACAAUCUGCAGAAGAACAGGAUGGCAUAGUUUCUCAUGAAGAAGUAGGAGCUGAUAAUUUGAACAAAUCAGACAAUUUAGAGUUACCAAAGGACCAAUCACCAACUACUGUGGGGAAGUUGGAUGAUUCAAAACUCGAGGCAGAGAAUCCACCAAGUUCUGAGAAGGAGUCAGGAGAGGGAAUUUCAGUAGGAAAGCCUUCUGUACCUACAGACACACCUAAGGAUGUGGAUAUGUGUGAUUCACUUCCCUCAACAAAGGAUGAGCCUCAGCAGCCAGUUACAUCAAAUUCAGUUGAGGAACCUCCCCAUUCUACAGAAGCAUCAAAAGAUCUGGAUGUGUCCAAUUCUCCAGCUUCACAAAUAACUGAGCCUCAGCAACCGGUUACUGCCAAAUCAGAAGAACCUCCUCAACCUACAGAGGAAUCAAAGGAUGUAGACAUGGUGUCUGAUCCUCAGCCCCCAGAACAGGAUGAUUCUCAGCAACCAGUUGCAUCAAAUUCAAUGGUUGAAACCGGAGCAAGUGAGGAUCAAACUAACGAUGGUAAAAGUGAAAAACAUGACACUACAGAGACAAAAGUGGAUCAGAAAAUUGAUAAACUAAAGCACGCUGCAGUUUCUGCAAUCUCAGCAGCUGCAGUGAAGGCAAAACUUCUAGCAGAACAGGAAGAAGAUCAAAUCCGACAACUUGCAGCAAUGUUGAUAGAGAAGCAGUUGCAUAAGUUGGAAGCAAAAUUAGGUUUCUUUAGCGAGAUGGAAAAUGUUGUAAUGAGGGUGAGGGAGCAAUUGGACAGGUCAAGACAGAAGCUCUACCAUGAGCGGGCACAGAUAAUUGCAGCCCGCCUUGGCUUACCAGGUUCCUCAUCUAGACCAAUGCCAUCGUCAAUGCCUGCCAAUAGAAUGACCAUGAAUGUUGCAAACUCAGUUCCAAGACCCCCGCUAAACAUGACUUCCCUUAGGCCACCUAUGUCAAGACCCAUGGGGCCAACGGCUCCAACCUCAAACCAAUUUUCACCCACAGCCUUGGCAGGAAGUUCAAUAAGGCCUCCCAGCCAGGACAAACUUUCUUCAGUCGGGUCGAAGUAA